AUGCCAGAAUGUGGCAAAUUGGUGAACGGGUUAUUGAAGUCGGCACUAAACGAAUAUCUAACGUCAUCAUUGAAGGCUGAUAGUUUAUUAACAACAUCCGAAGAGCUACAGAUGCUGAAUUUUGCAAUUAAGGGGAACGUUUGGGCGACAAAGGGGAUUGAAGGUACGGCCACUGAUGGUGACAUGUACCAAGCCGCCAGAACAAACCAUGCGGCAGCAGAGACAUUUGCGCCGCAGGGGACAGUGACACGAGUAUGUUGGGGUAUGUCAAAUGCAGGGACACGAGUAAAUCGAAAAUUGUUACCAAUACAGAAAUAA